AUGCUGAUUGUAGAAGACGUGCGCAACAAGACCAAGACCUGGAUCUCGACUAGGAACGGCAAAACACCUCGUAACUGGCGCGCCAGCCCCGGCACCAUUGUCAUGAAGUUCGGCGAGCAGCUCCGUUCGAGCAUCAUCUCCGAGUACCAGUGGUACUAUAUCGACUAUGACGCUCUCAAGCAGCGUCUGAAGAAGGCCACCGCCCACUCUGCCGCCGAGUCCUCGAACGCAACCCCAGACUGGGACAAUGACGAUGAGGUCGAGUUCGUCAGGCUCCUCGACGACCAGCUCGAGAAGGUCUAUCGAAAGACCCAGGUCAAGACCUCUGAGAUCCAGCGAAGGAUUAUGUGGGAGCAGAAAGAGGUCGAUGCUCUCGUUAAGCGGAUGGCUGAGCGCGGUCCCAACGAGGCAGGACCGAGCGAGGAAGAGUUCAUUGCCAGGGAAGAGUUUCUCAGUGAUAUCAUUGCCGAUGUCCAUGACCUUGCCAAGUUCGUCCAGGUCAACUACACCGGCUUCCUCAAGAUCAUCAAGAAGCAUGACAAGGUCACCGGCCAGCAUCUGAAGCCGAUUUGGGGCGUCAUGAUGAGCCAAAAGGCCUUCUUCAAGGAAGACUACGAUAGGGACGUUGUCAAACUGUCAAGAAUGUACGAUAUUGUUCGAACACGAGGUAACCCUGUCAAGGGUGACAGUUCAGCCGGAGGAAGCCAGGGAAGUUUCGUGCGUCAGACGACCAAGUACUGGGUUCACAAGGAAAACAUCACCGAGCUCAAGCUCAUCAUCUUGAAGCAUCUUCCAGUGCUUGUGUUCAACCCAAAGAAGGAAUUCGAGGCCGCAGAUGCCGCGAUCACGUCCAUCUACUACGAUAAUCCUGAAACAUGGGAGUUGUACGAGGGCCGACUCAAGAAGACUGAGGGAGCUGAAGCCAUCCGACUUCGAUGGUAUGGCGGCAUGCAGACUGACCAAAUCUUUGUUGAAAGGAAGACGCAUCGUGAAGACUGGACUGGAGAAAGCUCGGUCAAGGCACGAUUCUCUAUCAAAGAAAAGAACGUCAACGCCUAUAUGCGCGGAGACCUUCUCCCACGAGCCAUCUUUGAAAAGGCUCGCAAGGAGGGCAAGAAGUCAGAGAAACAGAUUGCAGAGGACGAAAAACUCGCACAAGAGGUCCAAUGGUCGGUCUUGAAGAAGGGCUAUAAGCCAGUCUGCAGAUCCUUCUACAACCGGACAGCCUUUCAACUGCCAGCGGACGCUCGUGUUCGUAUCUCACUUGACACAGAACUAACCAUGGUUCGGGAAGACAACCUUGACGGUGCUAAGCGCUCCGGUGACAAUUGGAGACGGAUGGAUAUCGGCAUUGACUACCCAUUUUCUCAGCUGCCCCCCAGUGAUAUUGAGCGCUUCCCUUAUGCUGUUCUAGAGGUCAAGCUCCAGACACAGCACGGUCAGGAGCCUCCUGAAUGGGUCCGCCAGCUUAUCGGAAGUCACCUCGUCGAGGCUGUUCCCAAGUUCUCCAAAUUUAUCCACGGAACUGCCACGCUCUUCCCUGACCGCAUUCAUUUGCUGCCCUACUGGUUCCCACAGAUGGACGUUGACAUUCGCAAGCCAGCAGUGCAGGACUUUGGUAUUCGCAGGCCGGGUCAGUCUCCUGCUAGUGGUACGACAUCUGACGAGGAGGAUGAGGAUGACCUGGACUCGGAUGAUGAAGAAGAGCACCCGCGCAACGGACAGGGCGACCAGUCCAAUGGACGGACGAACUUCAACGGAGGUCAACCCCGCAACCUCACCGAUCUCGAGGACCAGACGGUGGGAGAGGUCUUGGCCAAUGCAGACUAUGAUCUCUAUGACUCUGACGAUGAGUCGGAUUCAGAAGAUGCCCUCGAGGAAGCUAGGCGUGUUGGUGGCUGGACAUACUAUUCGAAAGUCGCUCAGAAGUAUUCAAAGGCGGCUGGCAAUGGCGCGUUGAGUGUCAUGAAAGCUUUGGUACCACAUCCUCGUGGAUCUGCCAUUGGUCCAAGCAAUCGUCAACGCAUGUUCUUUGGUGGUCAAGAGCUUCAAACAAAGAAGUUCAAGGCACCCAAGGGAAAGAAGAUCUACGUUCCAGUCAGAGUUGAGCCCAAGGUUUACUUUGCUGCCGAACGAACGUUCCUUGGUUGGCUCGAGUUUUCCAUCUACAUUGGCACCAUUGCUGUGACUUUGCUGAACUUUGGCGUCAAGCCCACCAAGACUUCCUUUAUUGUCUCGGGUAUUUUCACUCUUCUAGCCAUCAUGUCCCUUUGCUAUUCUGUCGGCAUAUAUCUCUACCGAAGCUCUGCUAUAAGGGAGCGACGAGUGGUGAAGUACUACGACAGAUGGGGACCAACUACGCUCUGCGUGGCACUCUUUAUCGCAGUGGCAUUGAACUUUGUGUUUGAGGGCAAGGAGCGACGAUUCUGGUAA